AUGGUCGUUCCUGCUGAGGGGAAGUUUCUGAUUUACCCCAUGUAUUUGAAGGGGCCUUGCAGGAGCGGACUACAAUUUGUGGUCAAUGGCGACAUCACAGGCGCUGCUGACGUCAGCAGCUACCCAAAACCCGCGAAGCCGAGCUCGUGGGCGCUGCUACUGUUCAACCGGAUAUCGAAUCUAGAGAUUUCGGGCGGCGGGGUGAUGGACGGCGCGGGGCAGGGCUUUUGGAAGUUUCCUGGGCAGCAGCGGCCGGCUUUGCUGUCGAUCACGAAUUGCGACGGAGUGACGAUUCGCGAUAUGCUGUUCACCAACCCGGCACGACAACAUGUGAAGAUAUACGGAACGACCAACGUGCUUAUAGAGAGGGUUGCGACUCUCUCUCCAUUCAAUAGCCCCAACACCGACAGCAUUCUUUUCAGCGGGGUGGUGAAUGGCAUCGUGCGCAACAGCAGACUGGAAGGAGGUGACGAUAAUGUGGCCAUCAUUAGCGGGUGCCAGAACAUCCUUAUAGAGAAUACGCAGUGUAUAAAUGGACACGGCAUAAGCAUUGGCAGUCUUGGUGGAGAUGGGGAGUUGGGAUGCGUAUCUGACGUGACUGUAAGGAACGUGAGCUUACGGGGCUCCAACAACGGACUCCGAAUCAAAACCUACCAGCAGGGAGUGGGUCUCGUGAGCAACGUAACAUACGAGGACAUAACCGUAACCGACGUUACAUGGCCUAUUCUCAUCAACCAGUUCUACUGCGACAAAAAGACGGCUUCGGCGAGUAGCUGCCAGCUCAGCAGCACGGCUGUAGCGGUUACCAACAUUCGUUACAAGAACAUCCGCGGCACGACAAACGGCACGGUCGGUGUGCUUCUAAACUGCAGCCAAUCAGUGCCUUGCUCUGGGAUAUCCUUUUCGAAUGUCUACCUCACCUCCUCCCGCCAACCCAAGUCACCCAACCAGCUGCUCAGCACUACCCUCAAGGAGAACAGGGUGGGGGUCAACUCAGCCAACUCAGUCAACUCAGUCAACGGAGUCAACUCAGUCAACUCAGUCAAUGGAGUCAAUGGGGCUGAUCCAGACUCCCUAGAGCUGCUGAACCAGGAGACCCAAGUCAACCGAGUCAACAAGGGGGUAGGACCAGUCAACGGAGUCAACAGAGGUGCAGCACCAGUCAACGGAGUCAACGGGGCAGGUGCAGACACUAUAGAGCUGUUGAACCAGGAGACCCAAGUCAACGGAGUCAACAAGGGGGCAGUAGCACCAGUCAAGGGAGUCAGCCCUCUCGCGGCGCUGUUCGGAAUUGGCACCACCAGCACCAGCAGCACCAGCAGCACCUCAGCCAAUCAAAAAGAUGUUGGAGCGUCGGCAUUAUCGGAUUUAUCGGGAUCAGAUCUGAUUGCGGUGUUGAACAACGCGUAUGGAACCACGGAUGUGAAGACGGUGUCGGUUUUCCUAGCUGAGGCGCAGUGGAAGGGUGCGACGCCCCCUGCUGCAUCACAAGCCGCCAUCAGCAGCAUGGCUGCCAAAUGCAUACAACCACCCAUUUCAUUGAAGUCAGGUUUGGCGGCCAGCAUUGAUGCUGGAGUUCACUCAUCCAAUUCAUUCAUUCAGAAGCAGGUCACACGGCUCGCUGGCAGCGCACAUCAACGACUCCGUCUAUCCAGCCGGCUAGCUGUUCCACGUGACGCUCCGUCAGCACCCGACGGAUCUAAAGAUUCAUCUGAUCGGCGCUCUCUUUCCGUCGAAAAUUCGCAGAUCAUGCAGCCUCGGGAUCCUCGCCAGGUUACGGCUCCUUCCCCCGCGCUCCCCCCCUUGCCCCCAUUAGUCUCGGCGGGACUUUUGCCCCUUCCGAUCGCGCUCCCUCCCCCUCCGCCGUGGCCAAUCAACGAAGAGGGCGUCUUCAACGUGCUACAGUUCGGGGCGCGCGCGGACGGGAUCACGGACAACACGGACGCGUUUCGGCGCGCGCUGCAGACCGCCUGCGCGUGGGGGGACGCGCAGAGCGCGCGCGCGCGCGUGGUGGUCCCCGCGGGCGGGGUGUUCCAGAUCUUCCCGAUCGCGCUGGAAGGACCAUGCGGGGGGGGUCUGGAGGUGCAGAUCUUCCCGAUCGAGCUGGAGGGGCGUGCGGCGCUGGCUUGGGUGGAUGGGAAGCGGUGCGAAUGGGGAAAGGGGAAUGCGUGGCGGUCCCCGCGAGCGGGCUGUUCCACAUCUUCCCCGAUCGAGCUGGAGGGGCCGUGCGGCAGGGUUGGAGGUUCAGGUGAGUGCGGAGUGGUGUGGGUGUGUGAGAAGCAGUGCAGAGGUGUGCGAGGUGGGAGAGGAGCAUUUUGUAGAGGGGUGUUCAAGAUCUUCCCCGUCGAGCUGGAAGGGCCGUCCGGCGGGGUUGGAGGGUCAGGUGGGUGCGAAGAAUAA